UGCUAAAAUUAACAUACAUGAAGUUGCAGACAUACCUAGGGCGUUCAGAAAAUUUGUUAAAAUUAAACUUCACUGUAAAUGAACUUGUACAACACAACAAAUGUUAACUGAAGUUAAAACUGAAGAUUAUGGUUUGUUUCAAUCUGCAGUUUAAACCUACAUUGUACAACUGGCCCUUUUAAAAAGAACCAACCUUGAUUCAAGACCGACUUCUGGCCCCAUCUGACUGCUGAUGCCUUCUUCCUUUGAGAGUAAUCCAGUAAGCAAACAAUGAAUAUACCAACUCGAGCGACCGUACUUGAUCAAACAUUCCACAUAAAAACAUUCAAAGAAAAUCUCCGCAUUGUAGUUGUUCGUCUGGAUAACUUAGAAAUGGAGUUCGACUUAAUCGGAAUACAUCCUUUUAUAGCUAAUACCUUUCGACGAUUAAUGUUAAGUGACGUUCCGAGUAUGGCAAUUGAAAAAGUUCAUAUUUAUAAUAAUACGUCGAUUAUUCAAGACGAGGUGUUGGCGCAUAGGCUGGGAUUGAUUCCACUCAAAGCAGAUGCACGACUGUUCAAUACGCAUGUUCCAGAUAGUGAAGAGAAUGAGCAGGACAGUUUAGAGUUUGAAUUAAAAAUCAAGUGUACUCGAAUUAAGGACGACAAUAAGGAUUCAUCACGGAUCGACGAUAUUUAUAAGAAUCACAGUGUGUAUUCAAAACAUAUCAAGUGGUUACCAAAGGGAUCACAAGCGGAAAAUUUUAAGGAGACUGAUGUAGGUCCAGUUUACGAUGAUAUUCUAAUAGCCAAGUUGAGGCCGGGGCAUGAACUUGAUUUGAAACUAAUUGCCAUGAAAAGUAUUGGACGAGAUCACGCAAAAUUUUCUCCAGUUGCAACCGCAUUCUAUCGCCUACUACCCGACAUAAAAUUAACAAGGGAAGUUGAAGGAGAAGCGGCCGAAAGGUUACAAGGAUGUUUUUCUCCCGGUGUAAUUGGACUACGUCAUUUAAAAGAUGGUCGAACAGUCGCUGCUGUGAACAACUCAAGAUACGACUCAAGCAGUAGGAAUGUAUUUCGCUACGAUGAUUUAAAGGAUGCCGUUGUUAUGACGAAGAUACAGGAUCAUUUCAUUUUCAGUGUGGAGUCUGUUGGAGGUAUGGCACCGGAUGUUAUAUUCGUAGAAGCUGUAAAAAUUUUGAAAGAGAAGUGCAUGUCAUUGUUGGACGAAUUGGAACAAUCUUAGAAGUUGUUUUCAGUCUCAAUUAUUAAUAUAACAUAUUUAAAGUAUA